GCUCGACCCAUUGACGUUUAUGGACUUCCAGUGGAUGGCCGUUCCCUCGACCGGACGAUUGCCGAAACCGCAUUGCAACGCGCUUAUGGCACAAUUGCGGGACUACUUGCACACUGCAGUACCAGCUCCGUUGAUGGACGCCGGAGUAGAGGUUGUCGACCUUCACGCUUUCAUCGCGAAGAUCGACCGCGAGUUCAAGACGCAACGGCCCGCAUGGAGUAGUACCGGAUCGACCCAUCCGCCACGAGAUCAUCCUCGAGGACGGGGCCGUACCUCCGCGCGGUUGCAUCUACCGAAUGAGCGAGGAAGUGUGCUUCGGGCACAACUCGACGACCUUCUAGAGAAAGGCUGGAUUCGGCCUAGCUCAUCGCCAUACGGUGCUCCUGUUCUCUUCGUCCGGAAGAAGAACAAGGAUUUGCGGUUGUGCAUCGAUUAUCGCAAGCUCAACGCGCAGACGAUUAGGAACGCCGGCCCUCUCCCACGCAUCAACGACCUUCUUGAGCGAUUGGGUGGCGCCCAGUUCUUCUCUAAGUUGGAUCUCAAGUCAGGGUACCACCAACUCGAGAUUCGCAAGGAGGAUCGCUACAAGACCGCGUUCAAGACUCGGUAUGGGCAUUUCGAAUGGCUGGUCAUGCCAUUUGGCCUUACGAAUGCCCCAGCCACUUUCCAAGCGGCUAUGACRACGGAGUUCCGACACAUGCUGGAUCAUUUCGUACUUAUAUACCUCGACGACAUUCUGGUUUACAGYCGGAGUCUGGACGAGCAUGUGGAACACUUGCGCACCGUUUUGGAGCGGCUACGACAGGCCAAGUACAAAGCAAACCGCGAUAAGUGCGAGUUCGCACAGCAGGAGMUGGAGUACUUGGGACACUAUGUGACGCCGCAAGGCAUCCGUCCGCUUGCGGACAAGAUCGAGGCCCUACGAGUAUGGCCCGAGCCCACCAACACCACGGACGUUCGUUCAUUCAUAGGGUUGGCGGGCUACUAUCAGCGAUUCAUCACCGGAUACUCCAGGAUUGUUGCACCUAUGACGAGGUUACAGUCGCCAAAGGUGUCAUUCGUAUUCGAUGACGACGCACGCUGGUCAUUCCAAGCACUUAAGACGGCUAUGCUCAUGGCACCCAUAGCGUCCUGCGAGCUCUCACGGCAUCCUUCGUCGCACCAUCCCCGUGGUCGUCACGCAUCGCGUUUCGGUCGUGUGUUGGCGUGUCGCCGAAGUCUGUUGCCCGAGGUGAAGGCGAUGUCUUAUGCACCCUGUGUGGCGAUGGGGAAUGUCGGCGAAGACGAGCGUUCGAAGCUGUCGACGGCGGAAAGGACAGAGGUUGCCGCGGUCGUAGCCGUUGUGCUGCUGCGCUGCCAGAUGGAAAGCAUUGCGGGAAGAAUGAACGCGCAGCUUUGCGCACAGAGGAGGAAGGCGACACGGUCGUUGGCGGCGGAAGGGCUGGACACCGCUGCCAUCUGCGACGUCGUCUUCCAGGUGUGCUGCGCCAUGGGUUCUGGCAUUCUGCCUAGAGCCACGCCCAGGUGGGGGAUGAAAAGGAGGACGGGGGGGACGGGGGAGGAUAUGCGCCCUGCCGACGACGCCACGGAAGACUACUUCCGCGAGAAGCUACGUAUGUCGCCACGUGUCUUCCGUGAGAUUGCGGAAAGUCUGUUGCCUUUUCUGCAGCGCCAUGUGAGUUUCUACAGGGGACCGUUGCAACCAGACCACAUCGUUGCGUACGCAUUGUACAGAUGGGCGUCCAGGGAGACGUACAAGAGCAGCAUGUGCAGCUUCGGCAUUGGUAGAGCUUCGGGUUUGGUGGUCGUGCGGGACGUCACUGCGGCGUUGCUGACAGUGUACCAGAAGAAGGUAUCAUGACCAACAGGGGUGCGGAAGGUGUUCAUUCUGCGUGCUUUCGCUG